CUGGUUGGUAGUGUGAGUCAGUGCGUUCGCCUGACGUCACAUCCGCUCUCUCUCGGUUUGGCUAGGCUCGGCCAGCAGAAGCAUGUCGGAUACCGGUGUGUUAGAAGCGGUGCUGCGGCUGGUGGAGAAGGCUGACGAUGGCAUUGACAGCCUGGAUGUGGCCGGUAGUCUCGGCGUGGACCAUCAGGUGGUUGUCGGGGCUGUAAAGAGUCUCCAGUCCUUGGGGGAGGUAAUUAAUGCGGAACAGCGCUCCUCCAAACACUGGGAGCUGACUGGAGAGGGACGUGAGAUCGCUGAAAAAGGAAGCCAUGAGGCCCAAGUGUUUAAUGCCAUCCCUGAAGACGGACUGCCCCAGAGCCAGCUCAUGAAACUGCCUACUGGAAAAGUUGGCUUCAGCAAGGCCAUGUCCAACAAAUGGAUCCGUGUGGAUAAAGGUCAUGAGGGCGGCCCCAGAGUGUUCAGAGCUGUGGAGAGUAUUGAGGACACAGUGAGGGUGAAACUGCAGCAGGUACAGAAAGGUCAGACCUCUCAGCUAGAGGAGAAAGAAAAGAAUGAACUAAAAAAACGGAAACUGCUCACUGAAGUAACGAUCAAGUCCUACUGGAUCACCAAAGGAAGUAACUUCAGCACCACAAUCACCAAGCAGGAGACUGAACUUACUCCAGAGAUGAUUGCCAGUGGAAGCUGGAAGGAGAAAAAGUUUAAGCCCUAUAACUUUGAAGCAAUGGGGGUUGCUCCUGAAUGUGGUCAUUUGCACCCGCUAAUGAAGGUUCGGACGCAGUUCAGGCAGAUCUUCCUGGAGAUGGGAUUCACUGAGAUGCCCACCAAUAACUUUAUCGAGAGCUCUUUCUGGAACUUUGACUCUCUGUUUCAGCCCCAACAGCACCCUGCUAGAGAUCAGCAUGAUACAUUUUUCCUGUCUGAUCCAGCAGUGUCUCAUAACUUUCCUCAAGACUACCUGGACAGGGUAAAAAAGGUCCAUUCUGAAGGAGGAUAUGGGUCGCAAGGGUACAAAUAUGACUGGAAGAUUGAAGAAGCUCAGAAGAACAUCCUCCGAACACACACCACAGCCGUGAGCGCACGCAUGCUGUACAAACUAGCACGGCAGGAAAAGUUCACACCAGUUAAGUACUUCUCCAUAGACCGUGUGUUUCGCAACGAGACACUGGAUGCCACUCACCUGGCAGAAUUCCAUCAGAUCGAGGGAGUUGUGGCUGAUUAUGGCCUGACACUUGGUGACUUGAUGGGGGUUCUGCAUCAGUUCUUUACCAAACUGGGAAUCACGAAAUUGCGUUUUAAGCCUGCCUACAACCCUUAUACUGAACCCAGCAUGGAGGUGUUUAGCUAUCAUGAAGGGCUAAAGAAGUGGGUGGAGGUUGGGAACUCGGGGGUCUUCAGGCCUGAGAUGCUUCUGCCUAUGGGUUUGCCAGAAGAUGUGUCAGUCAUUGCCUGGGGUCUGUCUCUAGAGCGGCCCACCAUGAUCAAGUACGGCAUCAACAACAUCCGAGAGUUAGUGGGGCACAAAGUGAACCUUCAGAUGGUGUAUGACAGCCCUGUGUGUCGCUUGGACUCUUAAUUUGUACUCAAGAGCACUUGCAGAAGAGACAUUUUACCCCAACUGGAGCAUCACAUAGUUACAUCCUGAUGGAUUUAUGAAAGCAUUCUGGAUUCCCAGUGAAAUCUUAACAAGUGAAAUGCACUGCUUGAUAUAUACACACAGAUCUAAUAUGUUAAUAUUGUUGGACAGACCCCCAUGAUGGAGAGAAGAUCAAAUUAUUGUAACAUUCACACUAUUUCAUAAAUCCAGUUCUCCAAAUGUAUGUACAUGUACACCGAGCUAGCAUAAAUACUCAUUUAUUAGCAUUCUCACGCAAUCUCAUCCGCUGUUUUAUCUGUCUGUUAUCCUGUGUCUGUUGCCCUGUCUCAUGAAAUGAAAUUCAUCAUGACAAUUAUUAAGGAAAUUCUUUAGUAGUAACUUUUAACACUCACACCUUCAUUUUCGUAAACAUGAUUGACUGUAAAGGACCAUGGCUUCUCGUGCUGACUGGUUGAGAAUUUCCUGUUAUUUAAGUAACUUUAUUAAGAAAAAAUGCAGUAAUUGUUGGGACUGUGUUUCAUUUCUGUGUAUAAAUUCAGAAUGUUGUUUUGCUGGUAAUAAAUACUGCACUACA